AUGACUGCUGACGUCGAAGCUUUGAACGAUACACCUUACUCCCCAGCUCCUACUGAGGCUUCUCCUCUCAAGAACCACGGAAUUGCUUUCCUCGGUGAAUUCUUUGGUACUUUCACCUUCUUGUGGACAGCAUUCGUUAUUGCUCAGAUUGCUAACCAGGAUCCUACCAUCCCAACUGUUGGCUCCAACCCAGGUCAAUUGAUCAUGAUCUCUUGCGGUUUUGGUUUCGGUGUUAUGGUUCCUGUUUUCAUGUUCUUCAGAAUCUCUGGUGGUAACUUGAACCCUGCCGUCACCUUGUCUUUGGUUUUGGCUGGUGCUGUCCCUCCUGUGAGAGCUGCCUUCAUGUUUGCUGCUCAGAUGCUUGCCGGUAUGGCUACUGCUGGUGCCGCUUCUGCCAUGACUCCGGGCCCAAUUGCUUUCACCAACGGUUUGGGUGGUGGAUGCUCUAGAGCCAGAGGUGUGUUCAUUGAGGCCUUCGCUACUGCUCUUCUUUGUUUGGCUGUGUUGUUCAUGGCUGUUGAGAAGGCUAGAGCUACCUUCAUGGCUCCUUUCGUCAUUGGUAUUGCUUUGUUCUUGGGACACUUGAUCUCCGUUUACUACACUGGUGCUGGUUUGAACCCAGCCAGAAGUUUCGGUCCAUGUGUGGCUGCCAAGUCUUUCCCUAACUACCACUGGAUUUACUGGGUUGGCCCAUUCUUGGGUUCUGCCAUUGCCUUUGGUAUCUGGAAGGUCUUCAAGUUGUUGAACUACGAGACCUGUAACCCUGGCCAGGAUGCCGACCACUAA